GUGGACACAAGUUGAAAAACGUAUUGGGGUGUUACCAUUUAGUGGUCAAUUGUACGGAAUAUGUACUGUGCUGUGCAAUCUACUAAUAAAAGCUCCAACCAAAAAGGCCUAAUCAAACUAAUCAAAGCAUUCCAACCUGGCUUGAUCAUGUAUGCAGUACUCCCGCCAGCCCGCAGGGUGCAACAGCGAGGCGAAGGUGUCACAGCGAGGCAGCAGCGGGGAUGAGUUCCAUCCGUUCAUCGAGGCUCUGCUGCCGCAAGUCCGCGCCUUCGCCUACACGUGGUUCAACCUGCAGGCCAGGAAGAGGAAGUACUUCAAGAAGCACGAGAAGAGGAUGACCAAAGAAGAAGAGAGAGCCGUCAAAGAAGAACUACUCGGGGAGAAGGCAGAGGUGAAACAAAAGUGGGCCAGUCGUCUCCUGGCCAAGCUGAGGAAGGACAUCAGACCUGAAUGCAGAGAAGACUUCGUCCUGUCCAUCACCGGCAAGAAAGCGGCGUGCUGCGUCCUGUCCAACCCGGACCAAAAAGGCAAAAUGAGACGCAUCGACUGCCUCCGACAAGCGGACAAGGUGUGGAGGCUGGACUUGGUGAUGGUGAUCCUCUUUAAAGGAAUCCCUCUGGAAAGCACGGAUGGAGAGCGUCUGGUGAAGGGCGGCCAUUGCUCCAACCCGCUCCUCUGCGUGCAGCCCAGACACAUCUCGGUCUCCGUCAAGGAGCUGGACCUCUACUUGGCCUACUACGUGCACGAGAGAGAGGCGGAGCACAACAGCAGUCCUGGCCCUAGGGGCGUGUCUUCUGACCAGGAGGACAGUCGCACCGCCACCAUGGACGGUCCAGAGUUCCAGGACGCCUUCGUGACCUCGGGAGUGUUCAGCGUCACAGAGCUGGUGCAAGUGUCCAGAACUCCUGUGGUCUCCGGAGUGGGACCCAGUUUCUCCAUGGGGGAGCUGCAAGGCCACCUGGCCUACGACCUCAACCAGUCUGUCCCCCAACCCGUCAACGUGCGCCGCACUUUGGCCAGCACCUCGUCCAGCGGGAGUAAGCGCCAUAAGUCUGGCUCCAUGGAGGACGAGGUGGCCAGUCCAGGAGGUGAAUAUUACCACUCACCCUCGUCUCCUGCCAGCAGUUCCAGAAACUGGACAGACGACAUGGAAGGAGGUGUGUCUCCUCCGAUGAAGAAGGCCGAGCUGGACAGUCCUUCAGCCCAGGAGGAUUCUCCCAGACUGGGCUCCUUCACGCAGCACCAUCGGCCCGUCAUCGCCGUGCACAGUGGUCUGUCGCGUCCUCACCCCUCGCCGUCGCUUCAUUUCCCGUCCUCGUCCUACUUCCCCCACGGAGCCAUCAGGUACCCUCCUCACCUGGGCCAGGACCCCCUCAAGGACCUGGUGUCGCUGGCCUGCGACCCCGCCAAUCAAAGCUCCGCCUCGCUGAACGGCAGCAACCAGAUGAAAGUGUCCAGCCACUACAUCUCCUCCCACAUGUUGGCUCCCUCCCUGGGCCCGCCCCCUUCGCCCCUGCCCAGGACCACCAUGUGUGCAGACUCCAAGACCCCCAGCACUUCCUCCGAAGGCGGCCCAAACUCCCCCACGUCGCCCACGUACUCGGCCCCCGGCACGCCCCCCUCCAGCCGUUCCUCCUUUGUCGGGGUCACGCCUCGAGACCCCGGUGGACUCUACCAAGCCCAGUCUUGGUACCUGGGCAACUGACUAGUGCACAGUGACACACUACAUAAGACGCACCAGCAGUGAGCCACAUUGACUCUAAAUGGCUCUCAACAUGGAUCCUGUGCUCGGUGGGUGUGAGAGGCGGAGCUUCCCCAGGUUGGACGUCAAGCCUUUAACCCCGCCCCCCCGCAGGUGCUGCUUAUUAUAUAUGCAAAUAAGCCUUGCUUCACCCUGUAAUGACUCCUAAUGAGGGAAGAGCUCUUCAUUAAAAGUUUCUUUGCACUUUUUUUUUUUUUUUUGGAA